AUUGUCCCGGUAAAUAGACCCGGGUGAAGCAUGAAGCUGUACUGCCUGUCAGGACAUCCAACUUUACCAUGCAAUGUGCUCAAGUUCAAAUCCACCACCAUCAUGUUGGAUUGUGGGCUGGAUAUGACGUCUACCCUCAAUUUCCUUCCUUUGCCACUGGUUCAGAGCCCCAGGCUGUCCAAACUUCCUGGUUGGGUUUUGAAAGAUGGAAGCACAUUUCUGGACAAGGAACUAAAGGAGUGCUCUGGCCAUGUAUUUGUAGACUCUGUGCCUGAGUUCUGUUUGCCAGAGACUGAGCUGCUUGACCUCUCCACAGUAGAUGUAAUCUUGAUCUCAAACUAUCACUGCAUGAUGGCAUUGCCCUAUAUCACAGAGUACACAGGAUUCACUGGAACAGUGUAUGCCACUGAGCCCACUGUUCAAAUUGGCAGACUUCUCAUGGAAGAACUGGUGAAUUCCAUUGAACGUGUGCCAAAGGCUCAGUCUGCCUCCAUGUGGAAGAACAAAGAAGUACAGAGAUUGCUGCCCGCCCCUCUGAAGGACGCAGUGGAGGUGUCUAUGUGGAGGAAGUGCUACACCAUGCCAGAAGUGAAUGCUGCACUCAGUAAGAUCCAGCUGGUGGGGUAUUCUCAGAAAAUUGAACUGUUUGGUGCUGUGCAGGUCACCCCUCUCAGCUCAGGGUACGCUCUUGGAAGUUCCAAUUGGAUUAUCCAGUCACAUUAUGAAAAGGUUUCCUAUGUUUCAGGAUCUUCUCUGCUUACAACACACCCUCAGCCCAUGGACCAGGCUUCACUUAAAAAUAGCGAUGUUCUCAUCCUGACGGGUCUUACACAAAUCCCUACUGCUAACCCAGAUGGCAUGGUAGGAGAGUUCUGCAGCAACCUGGCUAUGACUGUCCGGAAUGGAGGAAAUGUGCUGGUUCCCUGUUACCCCUCUGGAGUAAUAUAUGAUCUGCUGGAGUGCCUGUAUCAGUACAUUGACUCUGCUGGACUCUCCAACGUCCCUUUUUAUUUCAUCUCACCUGUUGCCAACAGCUCUCUCGAGUUCUCCCAGAUCUUUGCUGAAUGGUUGUGUCAUAACAAACAAACAAAGGUGUAUCUUCCAGAACCUCCUUUUCCCCAUGCUGAGCUCAUUCAGACAAACAAAUUGAAACAUUAUCCCAGCAUCCAUGGAGACUUCAGCAAUGAUUUCAAGCAGCCUUGUGUUGUGUUCACUGGACAUCCCUCUCUGAGAUUUGGAGAUGUAGUUCAUUUCAUGGAGCUAUGGGGAAAAUCUAGCUUGAACACUGUUAUAUUCACAGAACCAGAUUUCUCUUACCUGGAUGCCCUGGCUCCUUAUCAACCUUUGGCGAUGAAAUGUGUUUACUGUCCCAUUGACACAAGACUGAAUUUUAUUCAGGUGUCUAAACUGCUCAAAGAAGUCCAGCCUCUCCAUGUAGUUUGCCCGGAGCAGUACACUCAGCCACCACCCACCCAGUCUCAUCGCACGGAUCUGAUGAUAGACUGCCAGCCUCCCCCCAUGUCCUACCGCAGGGCAGAGGUGCUGACCCUUCCCUACAAGCGGCGCUACGAGAAAAUCGAAAUCAUGCCAGAACUUGCAGAUUCGCUCGUGCCCUUGGAGAUUAAGCCUGGUAUUUCCUUAGCAACAGUUUCUGCCGUGUUGCAUACUAAAGACAACAAGCACGUGCUGCAGCUCCCUCCAAAACCUCCACAACCUCCUGCCAGCAAGAAGAGAAAGCGAGUGAGUGAUGAUGUGCCAGAGUGUAAAUCUUUGAAGCCACUGCUGAGCGGCUCCAUUCCCGUGGACCAGUUUGUGCAGACGCUUGAGAAGCACGGUUUCAGUGAUGUGAAGGUGGAGGACACAGCCAAGGGACACAUCGUGCUCCUCCAGGAGGCAGAAACCCUCAUUCAGAUUGAGGAGGAUUCCACACACAUCAUCUGUGACAACGAUGAACCUUUGAGGGUGAAGCUGCGUGACCUGGUUCUCAAAUUCCUGCAGAAUUUUUAGCUCAUGGACAUCAUGCUGCUCUGCAAGGAGACACUCCAGAGAACCAGAGCUAAGAGCUUUCCAGAGGAUGGUCCUAGGGAGAAAGAGAAUUUUGUGAUACCAAGAGACCAGAUGCUGCCUUUCCCUUAAUGGAGAAGGAAGGAAGUAUUUUUUAGUAUCUAUACAGUUUUUAUAUAUUAUUUUUAACCAAGUUUGGAAUACUUUGGAGAGGAUUCCUGGUCUGUAAAAUUAGGAGUUGGAAUCUUAUAGGAGAUAGAGAUUGCAGAGUAAAU